UCUGGUAACGACCUGCAAUCAUGCUCAGUCCCAAAAUGCAAAAAACUGUGAGAGUAAAUGAUUCCCAAUUGGUCAUGCUCUCAGAGAAAGCACAUUACGAUCAUUUGCUGUCAGGAUAUUUGUACAAAAGGACAGCUGACUCCACCAAGUGGCAACAACGAUGGUUCGUUCUCUAUCAGAAUCUGUUAUUCUAUUACGAGAAUGAGGCUUGCUCACGACCCAGUGGUGUCAUUCUGCUGGAAGGCUGUUAUUGCGAUCGACUCAUCACCGCCAAAGGCAAAGAGCCGGAUAAACAGCACUGUUUCGCGAUAUCGUACAGGAGGGAGAACCAACGGCAAUACGAGCUAAAAGCGGCCACAGAGACGAACUGCAAAGCGUGGAUCGAUGCGAUACGAGAAGCUAGCUUCAACAAAUUGUUGCUACAAAAAGAGGAGCUCGAGCAGAAGCAUCUGCACCUGUUGCAAAUUGUUGAAAGCGAGAAAACGGCUAAGUGGCAGUACACCCAACAAUGCGAGGAAUUGGCGUCGGAAAUAAAAAAACUCCGAGCAGAGCUGUGUGCCCUGAAAAAAGAGCUAAGGCCUUCUGUAAUGCCGAUAUACGCCAGUCGACCGGCGGUUCAAAGAACUAUGUCCCAAGGUACCGGAAGUUUGUACAGCACAUUCCAUUCAUACAAUGUCGGUGCUCACAGUUCCGGCGGCUUCGCUCCCGGAUUACGCGAUAUCUCGGAAGGCUCUAUCGAAAUGCAAAAAGUUAAGAAGGUUCAGAGCUUUUUCAGGGGUUGGCUGUGCCGACGACGUUGGAAGCAAAUUGUUGAACAGUACAUCAAGAGCCCGCAUGCCGAGAGCAUGCGCAAACGGAACAGCCUGGUAUUCCAAAUGGUGGAGGCCGAGGAGGAGUAUACGGAGCAGAUGGAGAUUUUAGUAAGCUGUUUUCUGAGGCCUUUCAAGAUGGCUGCCAGUUCAAAGAAACCCCCAUGUAGUCACGAGGAUGUGAAUAGCAUAUUUUUGAAUAGCGAAACCGUGCUGUUUCUCCAUCAAAUCUUCCUGAAGGGUCUCACCUCGCGUAUGGAGAGCUGGCCCACUUUAGUUUUAGGUGACUUGUUCGACAUGUUGCUACCGAUGUUAUCCAUAUAUCAAGAGUACGUGAGAAACCACCACUAUAGCCUUCAAGUAUUGACUGAGUGCAAGCAAUCGUCACCGUUCGUGGCGUUGCUCAAUAGGUUGGAGAACAAGACUGCCUGCCACGGACGAUCCUUGGAGACCUUUCUAACAUAUCCCAUGCAUCAGAUUCCAAGAUACAUAAUUACUUUGCACGAGUUAUUGGCACAUACGCCAUAUGAUCAUGUGGAACGUAAGAGCCUUCAGAAUGCCAGGCAACAGCUGGAGGAUCUCUCGAGGCAAAUGCAUGAUGAGGUGAGCGAAACUGAAAAUCUAAGAAAAAAUCUAGCAGUGGAGCGUAUGAUUGUCGAGGGAUGCGAUAUUUUACUGGACGUCAAUCAAGUCUUUGUUAGACAGGGUUCACUCAUACAACUCGUAGAUAAACCGCGUGGUGCGCGAAGUAGAUUGAGCGCUACUUUUGGCGGCAAAGCCGCGAGCGACAGGGAGGCUGUUAGACAGUGUUUUCUUUUCUCGAAUCAUCUGUUGCUCACAACGCGACAGUCCGAUGAUGACGGCCGUUUAAAUUUGGUCGCACAGAUUGGCAAGAUACCUCUCUCCGAUGCGGUGCUGAUUGAAGAUCCGAGUGACCAGGGCGCCAUAGAUGAUGAUGGACUGUCAGUAUGUUCGAUGUCAAGCGGCAUCAGUGAAAGUAGCGGAAGUGGUAGCGGCAGUGGAACUUCCCAGUUGCAGAAUCGCGACUUCAAGAUUAUACUUGAUAUAAAAUCCGGUGGACCGCAGGUGAUCGUCCAUCUCGUGGCGCCUACCAUGCAAACAGGCAGAAAACUAAAGACAAGGAUUGCAGAACAUCGCAAUCACAUUAAAUACAACACGUCGGCACGAUCGGUAAUAACGGAGCAUAGGAGACAACUCGACCACGAAUUUAAAUGGGAGGAGGUCGAAAUCUUAGAUGAAGAGCCCAGCUAUCGGAGACGUUUAGUUUCAGAGAUGAUUAAUAUCAGGAAACAAAAGAAUGGUAUCAAUUUGCAGACGGAUACCGAUGGCCUCCACAAAGCGCACAAGGCGGAACGAGGAGUGAAAUGGCAGGAUGGGGCCACUCUACGUCCCAAGGACGGUGAGAGCCCUGAGAAGGCGCUUCAGGGCCCCGAGGCGGCCCGAAAAGAUCCUGCGGCCCUUCAAAUUCCGCGCGCCAGGACAUGCGACACGGACAUGACGCGGUUUCCGCGAUUAGCGGAGCCGCGGUGCCACGCGCUAAUAAGACGUGAUAAGGCCCCCUCGCGGGGAUAA